AUGGGCAAAAUAGUAGUUACACUACUGUUAUCUCUCUCUGCUGCGUUGGCCACUAGUCCACAAGCGCGAAUAGCAGGCGGUUCUGCAGCUGUAAUAAACUCGUAUCCAUUCGCUGUAGCUCUACUGAGGUCCCAGGACUAUGUUUCCUUCGCCCAAGUAUGCGCUGGCUCUAUUAUCACCACACGCUCUGUUCUGACAGCUGCAAGUUGUUUCUUGUAA